GCAAACACAUACAGAAUAAUAGCUGUGGCCAUUAAACUGUUAUAUUAUAUAUAGGCUUCACUGUUAGAUGAUACUUUAUGCUGAGUGCUUUACCAUCAUGAAAGCUUUCAGAGCUAGAUGAAGUCCAUGCCCAGUCAACUCAUUAAUUUCAGCCGUUUCGACAAGGUUAGCGCCGCUAUCCGACUCCAUCACGUUUAUUUGUAGCGUUAGCCGCUAGCGUUAUCCUACCGGGCUUCUGUUUGUUUGGCUUCCUGAAAACCACUUGACUCCAUACGUUAGGGUGACCAAAUGUCCUCUUUUGCCCGGACAAGUCCUACUUUCACGCAGUAUCCUCGUUGUCCGGGCGGGUUUUAUAAAUUCAUAAAAAUGUCCGGUUUUUAUGUUUUUUUUUUUACGGGACCAACUUGAAGAGAAUUCCUCCGGCCGCUAGGGGGCAGCAGCGCUUGCCUGCAUUGACGUUGCUCCUACUAGUAGGGGCGGGAGAAAGAGUAGAUCUUCUUCUUCUUUUUUGUGGGCAGUUCACCCUUUGUUUCAUGGGGAAUUACCACCAUCUACUGACGGUUUGGCGAGAGCUCAGACUACAGUAAGGAGUUCAAUAAGUUCUAAAAGACGUGGCUCCAUACACCUUUCUACCGCUAGCACGCUCCGGCUCCGCGAGGACCGGCGAGUAAAGAACCAGACCGAAGCAAGCGACGCGUCUUUUGGCGCCCCGCGGGGCAUUCGCUCGGUCGACCAUGAGCGCGGACGAGGACGCGCGUUGGCUGGAGUGGGUGACCGAGCAAUUCGAGAGCAUCGCAGGAGAAGACAAAGAGAUCGACCUGGAAGAGUUCAAGACGGCGCUCAAGGUCAAAGAGUCUUUCUUCGCCGAGCGCUUUUUCGCGCUCUUCGACUCCGACGGGAGCAGUUCCAUCAGUCUGGACGAGCUCUUGGAGGCGCUGGACCUUCUCAUCCACGGCAGCGAGACGGACAAACUCCGCUUCCUCUUCCGGGUCUACGAUGUGGACGGAAGCGGUUCCAUCGAUCCGGGCGAGCUGCGCACUGUCCUGAAGUCGUGCCUGCGAGAGAGCGCCAUCUCUUUGUCAGAAGAGAAACUGGACGAUCUGACACUGGCGCUCUUCGAGUCGGCCGACAAAGACGCCAGCGGCGCCAUCACCUUUGAGGAGCUCAAAGCGGAACUGGAAGGCUUCCCGGAGGUGAUGGAGAACCUGACCAUCAGCGCGGCCAACUGGCUGAAACCUCCGGAAGCGGAGCAGAAGAAGCGGCGGACCCCCCGCUACUUGACGCGUGCGUAUUGGCAGAACAACAGUCGCAAGCUCCUUUUCCUGUGCGGCUACGCUUGCCUCAGCCUGGCGCUCUUCGCCGGCGCCGUCCUACAGCACCGGCACGCCAGCGCCUGCUACAUGCUGGCCAAAGGCUGCGGACAGUGCCUCAACUUCAACUGCACCUUUGUCAUGGUCCUGAUGCUGCGUCGCUGUCUCACCUGGUUGCGCGCCACCUGGGUGGUCCGGGUUUUGCCGCUGGACCAGAAUAUCCUCUUGCACCAGAUCGUGGGCUACGCCAUCCUGGGAUACACGCUGGUGCACACCACCGCGCACGUCUUCAACUUUGCCAGACUGUCCGAGCGCAGCGGCUUCAGCCUUUGGGAGUACCUGCUGACCACGCGACCCGGCAUCGGUUGGGUCAAAGGCACCGCCUCGCUGACGGGCGUCGUUCUUCAGGUGGUCAUCUGCCUCAUGGGGAUCUGCUCCAGCACCUUUGUGCGACGCAGCGGCCACUUUGAGGUGUUCUACUGGUCACACCUGUCUUACGUGUGGGUGUGGUCCCUGCUCAUGGUCCACUGCGCCAACUUCUGGAAGUGGUUCGUGGUUCCGGGUCUGGUCUUCCUGCUGGAGAAGAUCAUCGGUAUCGCCGUGUCUCGUAUGGGAGGCCUAUACAUCGUGGAGGUCAACCUGCUGCCGUCUAAGGUGACUCAUCUGGUCAUCAAGCGUCCUCAGUUCUUCCACUUCAAACCGGGAGAUUACGUCUAUGUCAACAUUCCGGUCAUCGCCAAGUACGAGUGGCACCCUUUCACCAUCAGCAGCGCUCCCGAACAAUCCGACAGUUUGUGGCUGCACAUCCGCUCCAUGGGCCAGUGGACCAACCGUCUGUACGAGUACUUCCGCCAGCCGCAGAGUCCGGCGGUGCCCGGGCUCUCCGCCGAGGCUACGGAAGAGUCGUUGGGCUCGCCGCGACGUAACGGCGCCGUGGCGUCCAACGAAGACCGAGCGGUGGAGCUGACCAUGUACCGUCACGGAGGGUCCCGGGCCGGCGCCGUCCCGCGGUCUCGGCCGGAUGAUCCGGAGAGAGGCGAGGCCCCUCCCCUCAGAGAGGUUUCGGCGAAGCUCGGCGAGAACCGUCGAAUCUGCGACAUCAAGUGUUACGUGGACGGACCUUACGGCACUCCCACCAGACAGAUCUUCGCGUCGGAGCACGCCGUCCUGAUCGGCGCGGGCAUCGGUAUCACGCCCUUCGCUUCCAUCCUGCAAAGCAUCAUGUACAGGUACCGGCGCAGGAAGCAGAACUGUCCCAACUGCAAGUACUCGUGGUGCGAGAACAUCAAGGAUAGCGAAAUGAAGCUACGCAAAGUGGACUUCAUUUGGAUCAACCGUGACCAGAAGUCCUUCGAGUGGUUCGUCAGCCUCCUGACCAAACUGGAGAUGGACCAGGCCGACGAGGAACCCGAAGGUCGCUUCCUGGAGAUGCACAUGUACAUGACGUCGGCCCUGUGCAAGAACGACAUGAAGGCCAUUGGCCUGCAGAUGGCGCUGGACCUGCUGGCCAAAAAGGAGAAGAGAGACUCCAUCACGGGCCUGAGAACUCGAACGCAGCCCGGACGACCCGAGUGGGCCAAGGUCUUCCGGAAAAUUUCCGAGGAGAACAAAGGCAAAGUUCACGUCUUCUACUGCGGUUCUCCCGCCUUGGCCAAAGUCAUCAAAGCUCAGUGUGAGCACUUCGGCUUCAACUUCUACAAGGAGAAUUUCUGAGGCGGCGGCGUCGCGGCGGCGGCGUCGACGACAACACUCGCAACGCCGAGCCGGAAGAGGGUGCCGCUCACCGUUUCUGACUUCUUUUCCGGGACGCCUCCGAAGGACUACCGCCCGCUGAGCUCACGCCGCUUCGUACGUAGGAGAGCCCUUUUCUUUUGUGCUGGCAUAUUUUUUCCCAAAUGAGACUAAAAGGCCACCCCGUAAAAGCAUCCCAGCUGGCCCGACCAACAGUUGUCACGUCUGCUCCCGAAGCAUCUGUAAAACAAAAGAACUUUUUGCAUUCUUUUACAGUAAACACCCAGUUUCCACAAAGCUGUAUUUAUUUGAUGUAAAAAAGUCAAAUAGGAGCAGAUUGUUUAUGAAAUAAAUGUAUUUUAACUUUUGUUUAUUGUA